AUGGCCUCACAUACGACGCUGCCCCAUGUUUGCCCUGAACCUGAGGCGUCGCAAUUUGCUGUGAGGUCUUUGUGCUCUGUACCACGCUCUUUUGCUGAAGCCAAUUCUGUUUGUUCUGGUCGUGGGCUUGCAUGCCGCCUGCCAGAUGAUUGCUGCACCCUGCUGACUGUUGAGCGCCUCUCUUUGGGCCCUCCUUCCAUCACUGCCGACCCAAUGCUCAUGGAAGAUGAGGCAUUGGGAACCAGCUACCACACCCAUGCUCGUGUUUCGUCUUCGACUGCUGGGAGCACAGAUAUUAGGCUGGAAACUGCUCCAAUCCAGGAAACCAUGCUGCACAAUCAGGUCGCACUGGAAUCAGAAUCCUAUGUCUACCAAGGCUUUCAGGUCUGCCCAAAGAAGUUUGAAAUGGUGGAGCGAGCCCACACACCCGAUCCAUCUCGUCCCCCGAUCGCCCCGCUUUCGGUUUUUUCCAUCCGGUUCGCCCCGAUCUGCGACGACAUCCCCCACCACCUCCACCACCGUCUCCACGCCCAACCGCCCAGCUCCGUCCCAGUGCCCAAUACCUCCCGGCGCCGCAACCCCACCCCAUCCCCCUGUCGGCCCCGUGCGCCGUCGCUCUCCUCCCAGCACCGCUCGCUUCCACCGCCCAGCUCCCGUCCCGACGCCCAGUCCCUCCUAGCGCCGCACCCCCUCCGCGCCGUCGCUCUCCUCCCAGUGCCGCUCGCCUCCACCGCCCAGCUCCCGUCCCGGCGCCGCACCCUCCCCGCGCCGUUGCUCUCCUCCCGACGGCGCUCGCCUCCUCCGACGGUGCUCCCCCCACCACGGCUAUUUUUUCGGUCAGCCCCCAAUCCCUCCCAGCGCUGCACCAACCUCCCGUGCCGUCUCUCUCCUCCCGGCGCCGCUCGCCUUCUCCGCCGGGGUUGGGGGGGAGCUCACUUCCCCGGCGACAACGGCGCUGCCGAGGUCGACGCGGCCUGCGACGGGGAGGUCGACCGCCGCAACGUAGGCAAGAUGGAGCACGGGUGCGAGCAUUACUGGCGGAGGUGUAAGAUCGUGGCCUGCAAUCAGGUGCUCCCCUGUCGCCACUGCCACAACGAGGCCACGGUGAGCUCCUACAAGAUCACAUUGGAGUAGAUUGGUGACAACAAACAAGCUUGACAUUCGUUUGACUUCUGCCUGCAGCUACAGGGUCACAUUGGAGCAGAUUGGUGAGAGAAAAAAAUGCUUGACAUUCGUUUGCAUUAUGCAAGACAUCUAAAUAAGCAGUUGGAUCAUGGUCAUUGGAGAAGAUUGGUGAGAACAAACAAGCUUGACAUUCAUUUGCAUUAUGGAAGACAUUUAAAUAAGCAGUCACAUCAUGAUCAUUGGAGCAGAUUGGUGAGAACAAACAAGCUUAGCGUUCGUUUGCAUUAUGGAAGACAUCCAAGUAAGCAGUCAGAUCAUGGUGAAGUCUGAAGUAUGUUGUGGGAAGUGUAGAAAUUCUUGUUAGCGUCAUGGCUCAUGUCUUUCUGAAAUCCAUUUAAUGUCUGUAGUGUGAUCCUUCCUAACCCUUCUUAUGGCCUGAUUGGAUUCCAAAAAAAAAAAAAAUCUUACGCUCAUGCCUGAUGCAAGUGAAGGUCAGCAUAGGCAUAUAGUUUCGUCACUAGUAUACCAAUCAAUAAGAUUCUUGGUUCAAGACAUGGCAUACACAGGACACCUUACUUCCUUUAAAACACUGCUUUCAUGUGUACUGUGCUUAGUUACCUCUUUAGUUAGUUGUUGGGUUUGUAGUUUUCCCUGUAAGUCCAAAUCGUAAAAUUUGGCGCCAUGAAGCAAAUGUAUUAGUGCUCCUUAUUCAACCAAUGUAUGCUUUUUUUCAUGGCCGUUGAUGUAAAGAAUAAAUAUUUUAAUCCACAUGGUGUUGUAAAGAAAGAUUGAUUUACUCCA